AUGGCUGACUCGUCUACAACAGACGCCCCCCAGGUUUACUCAUUCACAUGAAAAAAGCGCGAAACCCGAACAAGAUUCCAGGAAUCUAAGAAAGAAGAGCCGAAGGACCCCGAAAGCGCCGAAACGAGUCAAGGUAAGUUCAAGGUUCGGCAGAACAAAAAAACACUGUUAAUGAGUAAGAAGUUUGGAUCCAGAAACCGUUUUUUUUUCAGCAAGCAAAAUAGGAGGCAAGAAAAAGGGCAAGAAGAACAAGAACAAGAAGAAGAAGAGGACCGCUCACUUCAAGUUCGUUUGAAGGAGUUUUGUCAUCAGGAAACUAACUAAUUAAGGAAACGUGGACAUCCUGCGUGGAAGAUCGUCUCUAUAGUCUCAGGCCUUCUCGCUUUCGCGUUUCUGAUAGCUUCUAUGGUGCUAGCAGUUCUCAUGGUCAUGAAGGUCUAG